GCUGUGAGGAAUGGUUCCACGGAAGAGGAUGCGUCUUGGCUGACGGCUCUAUUAGCUAGCUAACUAAUACCAACAACAUUGAACAGUGUUGAGAAAUCACGACUCACUUAUGUCGUAUGUGCAGAACAAAUGUUCCAAGCUUGUCAUACAUUCGUUUUUUUAUUGCCUGCCCUCAAGACGCUAGCCUCAAGCCUGAAUACAAGCUGGCGAGCUCUAUUGUGCAUGUUUUCAAACACUGUGCGGAAGUGUCUGUGAACAAGUUGCUAUACAGAGAGAUUUGUGAUGUAGCAACCAGUAAGUGGGAGCUGGCAACAAUCGAACCAUGGAAGAUGAUUCCCCAACCCUGAAACCCAGGCGCAUCCAGAACCAGAAUGUAGUCCAUCGACUGGAGCGGCGGCGGAUCUUCUCUGGACGGGCUGGAGCCCACUGGUACCGCGUGCGCUGCUUCCACCAGAACCUUUUCCCCAACUUCACUGUGGUCAACGUAGAGAAGCCUCCCUGCUUCCUCCGCAAGUUCUCCCCAGAUGGACGCUGCUUCAUAGCCUUCUCCUCUGACCAGACCUCCCUGGAGAUCUAUGAGUACCAGGGCUGCCAGGCGGCUGAGGAUCUGCUGCUGGGGCAGGAUGGGGAGACCCUGGCCAAUGGCAAUGACCAACGCUCCCUCAACAUCCGCGGCCGCCUCUUUGAACGCUUUUUUUCAUUACUGCACGUCACUAAUGUGGCCUCCAAUGGAGAGCACCUGAACCGAGAGUGCAGCCUAUUCACUGAUGACUGUCGCUAUGUGAUCGUGGGCUCAGCGGUCUAUGUGCCCGAGGAGCCCUCUCCACACUUCUUUGAGGUGUACCGCAACAAUGAGUCUGUGACUCCCAACCCCCGCUCUCCGCUGGAGGACUACUCACUGCACAUCAUUGACCUGCACACUGGCCGGCUUUGUGACACCAGGUCCUUCAAGUGCGACAAGAUCAUCCUCUCGCAUAACCAGGGACUCUACCUCUACCGUAACAUACUGGCUGUUCUUUCUGUUCAGCAGCAGACAAUCCAUGUCUUUCAGGUGACAUCAGAGGGGACGUUCCUGGACGUGCGAACCAUUGGUCGGUUCUGCUACGAAGACGACCUCCUCACUCUGUCUGCGGUGUAUACUGAGGCCCGGGCCGAGGGCCAGCCAGGCUUCUCCCGCCUCUACAAGGAGAAGACCAUCAACUCCCUGAAGCACAGACUACUGGUCUACCUGUGGAGACGGGCUGAGCAGGACGGCAGCGCCACCGCCAAGCGACGCUUCUUCCAGUUCUUUGACCAGCUGAGACAGCUGAGGAUGUGGAAGAUGCAGCUACUAGAUGAGCACCACCUCUUCAUCAAAUAUACCAGUGAGGACGUGGUCACCCUGCGAGUCACUGACCCCUCUCAGCCCUCGUUCUUUGUAGUGUACAACAUGGUGAGCACAGAGGUGAUGGCAGUCUUUGAGAACACCUCUGACAAACUGCUGGAGCUGUUUGAGAACUUCUGUGACCUGUUCCGGAACGCCACACUCCACAGUGAAGCUGUUCAGUUCCCCUGCUCUGCCUCCAGCAACAACUUUGCACGGCAGGUCCAGAGAAGGUUCAAAGACACCAUAGUGAAUGCAAAGUAUGGCGGUCACACUGAGGCUGUGAGGAGGCUGCUGGGACAGCUGCCCAUUAGUGCUCAGUCCUACAGCAGCAGCCCCUACCUCGAUCUUUCUCUCUUCAGCUACGACGACAAGUGGGUGUCUGUGAUGGAACGGCCCAAAACAUGUGGAGACCACCCCAUCAGGUUUUACGCUCGGGACUCUGGCUUGCUGAAGUUCAAGAUCCAGGCAGGCCUCCUGGGCCGGCCCAUUAACCAUGCCGUCCGGCGGCUGGUGGCCUUCACAUUCCACCCCUUUGAGCCGUUCGCCAUCUCAGUACAGAGGACCAACGCUGAGUAUGUGGUGAAUUUCCACAUGCGUCAUGUCUGUGUAUGAGAGGAAAGCAGUGGACUAGACCUGGAGAACUUGGCAUUGUACUGUGUAGAGCAAAACGCAGUCACUCUGCCUUUUUUCUCCCCCUAGUGUGAGGAACAAAAUAAGACUGGACUGUGGGCGGAACCACUUGAAGUUGAAAUUGGGAGCUUGGGGAUGGGGGAUGGAUUCCUUGCAGGGACCAAAGAUGUUUUUGGCUGGCUCUCAAAAUGUACUUUUUUGGUCACAUUUUAUUCUAUGUAUUUUUAUUUAGCCUUUUUACAUUUGUUUUAUAUUUCAAUAAAAUUAUUUAAAUAUUGAUUGUGAUUCUUUAUUAUGAAUAUUUUACUAGAAUAAUGACUAUCUGUAAUAUGCUUUGCUUAGUGGACUUAGUUAUUAAAACCUGAUUGGUCUAAAGUGUCUUUAACAUGAGCAAAAAGGGGACAAUGUAAUUUAUUUUCCAAUUUAACAAAUGAUCUACUAUAUGUUGCUAACCUAGCUCAUACUGUGUUAGAAAUGAAAUACAUUAUGUGGGUAAGUUAUAAAGGAAAUGACCAUUAAUGUUAUUUGAAAAUACUGAUUCCUUGUUGACCCGAUAACCGAAAACACUAAAGAAUAUCUGAGCACCGCUGUCUGUGGGAUUAUCUUAAUUAUCAAUACUUUGUUUUGACAAGUCAAGUAAGAAGAAUUUCAUGAGGACGGUACUACUGUAAUGUACUCAUAGCUGUAGCCAUAUUUUGGAAUACAUGAUUGUUUAAUGUUAUUUACAGUUGAGCAGAUGUUAUUAUCAAGAACAAAUUCAAAUUGUAGGUACAGUUUUUGUGCUGCUUUAUUUCAGGUUGCUGUCAGCACCAUUUGGAGUGUACAUCCAUGCUAGUAAUUACUCCAACUUAUGAAUUUGACCUAAGAUAUCUUGCUUGCAUUACUGAUAAAAAAAAAAAAAAAUCUGAGAUGGAA